CCCUCAAUAUAUGAGGUAUCCGUUCACCCGUAUGCUAUGCAAGUUGCGGUUCUCAUUCCAACUGAACAGUAUCUUUCUACUUAUCAGGCUUCAUACCCUCAUAAAGCAUCCCCAACACAUGAAUAUCAUGUCCAUCAAAGCCAGUGCGGAACGCCAGUGCUCGUACAAGAUCAAGUCCCGAUUGUGAUGCAUCCCAUAAUCGUCGCAUCAACAGUCGACAUACAGCGUGCUCAACAAUACUGCAUAUUGCUAAUACAGCUACAGCGGCGACAUAACUAUGUGUACCACCGAUAUAUACCUCAAGGGUUUUAG